AUGGCAGUUCCAGUAGCUGCAUUACAACUAAGCUCAUCAUCCAGCCCGAGUCUGCUGGAGCACAACAUUCAUAUCAGUGACAGAAAUUUGGGAGGGAUUUCUAAUAACAAUAACAAUGGAAAUGACACCCUGCCUUUACAUUCUCCGUGGACAUUCUGGCUCGAUAGAUCUCUGCCAGGAACAACAGCAGCUGAGUGUGAGUCAAACUUGAAGAAAAUCUACACUGUGGAGACUGUCCAGAACUUUUGGAGAGUUUACAACAACAUACCUGGGGUCUCCAGCUUGCCACUGAGAUGGAGCUAUCAUCUGAUGAGAGGAGAAAGAAAACCACUCUGGGAAGAAGAAAGCAAUGCCAAAGGUGGUGUGUGGAAAAUGAAAGUACCCAAAGAAUGCACUUCUGCUGUGUGGAAGGAGUUGCUUUUGGCUAUUAUUGGAGAGCAGUUCAGUGAUUAUUGUGCUGCAGAGGAUGAAGUAGUUGGAGUCAGCGUUAGUAUAAGAGACAGAGAAGAUGUCGUUCAGGUCUGGAAUGGAAAUGCUUCUUGUGUUAACGAGUCAAACAUCAUAGGAAGGAUCAACGAGCUCCUUCCACAAGUACCUUUUAAAGCGGUGUUUUAUAAACCCCACGAGGAGCACCAUGCUUUCGAAGGAGGUAGAUCAAGACAUUAGCAACUCUCAAGAACCUUUUUUUGUGUGGGUUUGUUUUGUUUUGUUUUGCUCAUGAACGUGUUUUAAUUUUCUUUUGGGGGGGGGGAGGGGUUGUGAUAAUACUGGGGUAAAUUUUGGAGCAUUCGAUUUGCUUCAUGUAUCAUUUUAAUUACCUCAAUGUAGUUCACGUAUAAAGCCUCAAAGUCAAGGAAAUUUCACAUCUUUUAAGUAUUAUUGUCAUACAUGAUAAAAAAUAUCAUUGUUUUAGUCUAAAGUAAAGCCAUUUUAGUUUAAAUAUGUCUACAGGAGUAUUUGUAUGUUUUAAGUAUUUUUUUAUUUUAUUUUAAUAUUGCACAAUUUUACAGAAUUGUAACCAAAACAGUAAUUUGUGUAGAUGUAUUCUAGCUUACUUUGUGUAGUUUACCAAGAACAUAAAAAGCUAGGUCUUUGAACUACAUCUAAUUUUGGGGCAAAUUUGAGCAAAGAAAGUGUCACAAGCAAACCUUUAUAUUAACAACACAUUACACAGCUUUUCUAGCCAACAAUUUUAUCUUUUUGUAAAUUACAGUAAGAAAAUACUGUUGUCUGUUCAGGACAAGAUGAAUAAUUAGUAUUCUGUAAGGCGACUAUGUGAAUAUAAAUUGCACUUUUUUUUUUCUUGUGUAGAAUAAGAGGAAUGGGGAAAAGAAUAUGUUAGUGUUACAAUAAAGUGACCUUGGUGCACAAGACACCUUGAGUAGAUGCUGAGAAAUAUAUGCAAUAAUUUCUAUUCUGUAGGAAAUUUGCCGUGUUGUGGUUGUCAUUUUUAUUUAAGCCUCUGCUCCAUAUCAAGCACUUUGUACUGUGUAUAUAAGACGUCUCAUAAUCCCUCUGGAGUUAACAGCAUAUGGAGUUGUGGUAACUGAGACCAAAUACAAUUUGGUUUUGUGUCACCUAUCUAAUCAAGUGCAAUGUUUUUAUGUAUUCUCUUAAGUCUGAAGUACAUAAAACUGCCCCCAGAAAAUAUGACCAAUAAAUACACAACACAGAGAAAUCUAUCACGAGGGCACAAAGAAGCUGUUGCUGUUUGGAGCCAAUUUAAAUAUUUUUAAGAAGAGAUGUUAUUGUAGCAGCAAUGCCAAAACUACAGGAAAAAGUUCAUUAGUGAUAGUUUAUUUCUGUUGUACUAAGGUGGUUUUAGUUUCUCGAAAAUUCGUUGCCUCUGUGGUGUCAUAUGAGUAAACCUAUGUGCAAUUUAAAAUCAGCCAUGUUUAAGCAUUGUCAAAAUUCAUGUUAAAAUGUCUCACAAAAGGCGCCUUUUCAACAGAGCUUUUUUUUUAAAAAUUUUUUUAUUUUUAUUUUUUUAAACUGAUACUGCAAUACUCAUACAAUUGACUUGAUUUCCACAAAAUUACCAUUGACACCAACAGAAAGACUGCUGCUGUCAUUUAUCAAUCAAAUGUUGACGUAUUUGUAAUGUGGCUCAGCUUCAGUACUCUGCUAGAUGAAUAUAGCACUUGCCAAAAUUGCUUUCUUUAACCCGUAACGUUCCGUUUUUAUAGUAACGUUAAGAGCACAUAUUGUAGGAUAAGAGAAUAACAAUAGCGUUUCCUUGCACAUGUACAGCUGACUAGUCAUUGCAGAUCUCAGACCUUGUAACUGAUUGUUGAUCUUGGAUGGUGCCUUGUGUUCAUCAGCAGUUUACAUUGUUAAAGUUUUCUGUUUGUAUGAUUUGUAUGAUGAUGUUUAAAAGAAAUAAAAAUGUUCAAACUUU